AUUAUUUUAGGUUUUUCUGUAAAAGAAUAUUUAACAGAUAAAAUAUCUGUUUAUGCAUAUAUAAAUCUCAUUCAUCCAAACACCAUUGAUUCCUCCGACUUUUCACAGAGAUUACAACUCCAAUUGCACACAAGGGAGGUUGAGGAUCUUCAAGGAAUUCCUGAUGGCUUCGAAACGGAUCUUGAAAGAACUCAAGGAUCUCCAGAAGGAUCCUCCUACCUCUUGCAGUGCAGGCCCAGUGGCAGAAGACAUGUUUCACUGGCAAGCAACUAUUAUGGGUCCACCUGACAGUCCUUACUCGGGUGGAGUGUUUCUAGUUACUAUCCAUUUCCCUCCGGACUAUCCGUUUAAGCCACCCAAGGUGGCUUUCAGGACGAAGGUUUUCCACCCAAACAUCAACAGCAACGGUAGCAUUUGUCUUGAUAUCUUGAAGGAACAGUGGAGCCCGGCUCUUACUAUUUCCAAGGUUUUGCUGUCGAUAUGCUCCUUGUUAACAGACCCGAACCCAGAUGACCCUCUGGUGCCGGAGAUUGCUCACAUGUACAAGGUUGACAGGAGCAAGUACGAGACAACGGCUAGAAGCUGGACCCAGAAGUAUGCCAUGGGUUAGUUGUAGUGUGAACGGAGGAAAGGAACAGGCUCCUUUCUUCUCUUAUGGUUUCUGAUUUUCUGUUUUAUAUAAAUGUAUGAAUGGAAACUCAUCUAAUUAAGUUGGUGUUGUAAGAUAGACUUUAAAAGGGAAAGGUAACUAGUUUCCCUCUUAUGCUUUAUUUGUUUUGGGAGGAUUUGUUUUCAAAGAAGAUUUUAUGUUCAUUUGCACUUUUCUUUUGCA